GAUGAUGCGCUUCUGACGAAGAGCGAGGGAAGGAGAGAGGGGAGGAGAGAGGUGGCCACAGAGCAGGAGAGGAGAGGAGAGGAGAGAGGUUGAGGCAGCACUGGAUCGCUCGGUAUCUCUCUCUGUCUCACCUGUCUCUCUGUCUCACCUGUCUCUCCGUCUGUCUCUCUGGCCGGUGGCUCGGUCUCCUCCCGGUUGUUGUUGCAGCGGCAGCAGCGUCCGUCAGCAGCGGCAGCAACAAUGUGGUGCAUCAACUGCGCCUCGGACAAAACGCCCGCGAUCCUGCACAACAAGCUGCUGUACUGUGUGGAGGGCGACUCUCAGUGUCCGGAGGCGCUCACUUUCUCUGAUUCGUCCUUUGGCCACCCGCCUCCCUUCCAUCGCUAUAGCAACACCCCCCUCUCCAGCCCCUGUGACCCCUACAGCUCUGCCUCCACCAGCGGGCCCUUGGGAGCCUCCCACACACACACACAGGGUAGCUCUCCCAUCUCUCCCCCCAGCCCGGCGAGCCUUGCCUGGGCUCAGCGCAGCCGACACCAGCCGGCCAGCCUGGCGCUCCGCAAGCAAGAGGAGGAGGAGAGCAAACGCUGCAAGGCUCUAUCUGACAGCUAUGAGCUCUCUACAGACCUCCAGGACAAGAAGGUGGAGAUGCUGGAGAGGAAGUACGGGGGCCAGUUUGUGUCCCGGCGGGCGGCAAGAACCAUCCAGACGGCAUUCAGGCAGUAUCGCAUGAACAAGAACUUCGAGAGGCUUCGCAGCUCUGCCUCGGAGAGCAGGAUGACUCGCCGCAUCAUCCUGUCCAACAUGAGGAUGCAGUACUCAUUUGAUGAACGUCAGCCGCAGGGUCAGGGGUCAGCAGGUCAGCAGGGCUCAGACGACACAGGAGACAUGGACGACUCCUUCUCCAAACAGGUAAAGUCUCUGGCCGACUCCAUGGACGACUCCCUCACCUGCCAGUCAGGCCGCGAAGACUCACAGGAAGCGGGAGGAGAGGGAGAGGAGGACGACGAGGAGGACGAGGAAGAGGGAGAUGAAGAAGAGGAAGAGGAGGAGGAGGAAGGGGAGGAGGACGAGGAGGAAGACGAGGACGAGGAUUACAGAGAGUGCGCAUGGCGCAACACCAACGCAUCUGCCCGACGAGUGGCAGGCCGGGCAGUAGUGGGAGGAGGGAGAGGAGGCGUGGGAGGAGGUGCCGCCAUGCACGAGGACAGCACCGCCACCUCCUUCAGUGAUGUCACCCUCUACAUGGAUGAGGGCUGCCUCCCCUCCUCGCCGCUCUCCCGCCCGCCAUCCUCGCCGCUGUCCCGCCCCGCCUCCAGCUCUGACACAGAGUACUGGGGAGGAGGCGGAGGAGGAGUCGCAGGGGGGAGGGAGGACAGCAGAGAGACAGAGGGAGGCAGCAACACCAGCCGGAGGAGCAGCACCCCCUGCACAGAGUGUCGAGGGGAGUACAGAGGAAGGGCAGGAGGAGGAGGGGGACACCUCCCUGUCCUGACCAUCGAACCACCCAGUGACAGCUCAGUGGACAUGAGUGACAGGUCAGAGCGAGGCUCCAUCGGACGCCUGGUGUAUGAACAGGAGUCGUCAGGAGCCGAACGAGGAGGAGGAGAGAGGGAGAGGAGGGGAGGAGGCGAAGGAGAGAGUGGAGAGGAUGAGCGAGGAGGAGGAGGAGGUGGAGGAAGCAGCGAGGCCGACUCUCCACAGGGAACAAUCAAACACAAACCAAACGGCCGCUCUGUCGCCACGGCGCAGGGACAAACUCGCAGCCCCGCCAACGUCCCCUUACCGAUGCCUUCAGCCCGGGCCCUGCCGUCACACCCGCUCCCCCACCCACUCCAACACUCACACCCCCACCCUCACCCCCACCCCCACCCAUCGCCCAUCCCCCACUUACCCACCAUUCUCCACCACCACCCGCAGUACAGCCAGCCACACAUCAUGCACAUGCACCACGUGCACGGCAGCAGCCCUUACAUCCAGCACGCUCACCACUUUGCCCAACACCACUACCACCACCUGCACCACCAACACCACCACCUCCCCCACGCCUACCCAGAGCCCCCCUCCUCCCCGCUGCCCUCCCCUGUACCACCACUCACACCUCUCUCACCCCUGCCGCCGCCGCUCACGCCCUCGCCGCUGUCCUCCUCCUCUUCCUCUGCUCUCCAGAACAUGGAGGCGCAGCAGCAGCAGCACCACGCCCACCACCCCCACCUCCACCACCACCAUCUGCUCUGCUCAGAUGGAGACAACGAGAGCGUCAACUCCACCACCACCAACUCUAACGACGACACGACGGUCAACAACUGCAGCUCCGGCUCCUCGUCACGCGACAGCCUGCGGGAGCCAAUCGGAGGAGCGACGCUGGGGAAACAGACCUAUCAGAGAGAGAGCCGCCACAGCUGGGAUUCUCCCGCCUUUAACAAUGACGUGGUGCAGCGGCGGCAAUACCGCAUCGGACUCAACCUGUUCAACAAGAAGCCGGAGAAGGGGAUCCAGUACUUGAUCGAGAGGGGCUUUGUGUCGGACACACCGGUGGGCAUCGCCAGGUUCAUCCUGGAGAGGAAAGGACUGAGCAGGCAGAUGAUCGGAGAGUUCCUCGGCAGCCGGCAACAGUUCAACAAGGAUGUCCUCGACUGUGUGCUGGAUGAGAUGGAUUUCUCGGGGAUGGAUCUAGACGACGCUCUGAGGAAGUUCCAGGCUCAGAUUAAAGUUCAGGGUGAAGCUCAGCGGGUGGAGCGACUGGUGGAGGCCUUCAGUCAGCGGUACUGUGUCUGUAACCCGGUGCUGAUCCGGCAGUUCCAGAAUCCAGACACCAUCUUCAUCCUGGCCUUCGCCAUCAUCCUCCUCAACACAGACAUGUACAGUCCCAACGUCAAGCCGGAAAGAAAGAUGAAGCUGGAGGACUUCAUCAAGAACCUGCGGGGGGUUGAUAAUGGUCAGGACAUCCCCAGGGACCUGUUGGUGGCCAUUUACGGAAGGAUCCAGAAAUGGGAGCUGAGGACCAACGAUGAUCACGUGUCUCAGGUCCAGGCGGUGGAGAGGAUGGUGGUCGGCAAGAAGCCUGUGCUGUCACUGCCUCACCGCAGGUUGGUGUGCUGCUGCCAGCUGUUUGAGGUUCCAGAUCCAAACCGAGCUCAGCGGAGCGGCGUCCACCAGAGAGAAGUCUUCCUGUUCAACGACCUGCUGAUGGUGACAAAGAUUUUCCAGAAGAAGAAGACUUCAGUGACAUACAAUUUCAGACAAUCAUUUCCUCUGGUGGACAUGCAGGUCCACACCUUCCAAAACACCUACUACCCUCACGGUAUCAGGCUGACGUCGGCGAACCCUGGAGGAGAGAGGAAAGUGCUGAUCGUCUUCACGGCUCCGAGCCAGCAGGACCGAGCACGCUUCACCUCUGACCUCCGAGAGAGCAUCGCAGAGGUCCAGGACAUGGAGAAGUACAGGGUGGAGUCCGAGCUCGAGAAGCAGAAAGGUGUGAUGCGUCCAGGUGUGUUGACAGGGGGAGGACCAGGAGGAGGCGGGACGGCAGGGGCCAACGUUGGCUCCGGAAAGAGCGAAGUGGUGAACGGUACUCUGGGUAGGCCGAGCCUUGAUGACACGUACGCGUCUGUGGACGGACUUAAACGCACGGCACUCAGCUCCUCGCUGAGAGACCUCUCAGAGACAGGGAAGCGAGGUCGUAGGAACAGUGUCGGCUCAUUGGACAGUACUAUUGAAGGUUCCAUUAUUAGCAGCCCUCGGCCUCACCAGCAGCGCCCCCUGCUUGCUGGGGGUCUAUCCUACAGCCCCAUGAUGGUACCUUCGUCUCCAGCAGCCUACCGGCCACACCGCCCUACUCAGAGCCCCGGUACAGGGGUGGGGGGUGGGCCGGGGCUCUGUCACAAUCAGGGGGGGAUCACCACCUCCCCACUCGUGAGCGGGGGAGGGGCUGGGGCCGGAGGAGGGAUGGCGGGUGGGGGCGGACCGACUGGCGGCGGCCUGCUGGGGAAUUUCUUCGGCAGUCGCAGAGGCAAAGUUCCUGGUCCCCUGACGAUGACGUCACCAACUCCUCAGGGUCCUCCGAGUCCCCUGAUGAUAUCAUCACCCCCCCAUUACCCCGCCCCCGCGCCUCCCAUCCCCCACCCAUCCUCCCCUUCCCCAUGCCCCUCCCCAUCGCCCAACCUCGUGCAGUCGGACUCGGGAGGAGUUGGAGGGGGAGGAGGUACGGGAGGGGGGCCUACCAAGCUCCAGGCUUUGCACGCUCAGUAUUGCCACGGCAACAGUGGAGGAGGAGGAGUCAGUGUUACUGGGCAUCAGCAGCAGCAGACACCGCCCCCACCCUACCACCACCAUCACCGCUACCACAUGCAGAACAUCCCCCAGCACCACGCCCUCACGCACAGGUUCUCUGCACCCCAGCGGCAGGGUCCGUCCGGCUGCGUUCCCUCUCAUACCCAGCAGCAUCAGAGGAUGCAACACGGCGUCGGCCAGCACCCCCGCUACAACCUGGGCUUCAUCACACCGCCGCCCCUGUCGCCACACUCACCCGUAACCCCUACUACCCCGCACGGACUCUACCACUCGCACCCGAGGCCGGGUGGAGGCGGCAAGCUCCCGCUGACCAUCUCGCACUCCCAGCCCCACCCCCACGCUCACACACACUCUCACAACCACGUCGUGCACACACACUCCCCCCUCAGCCCCUCCCCCUCCGCCUCCCCCUCCACCCACUUCAUCUUCUCCACCCCACCUCCCCAGACACCCUCGGCGCGCCUCGUCACCCAGACACCUCCGCAGCCCUACGCGUCCCAAUAUCCGCCAAUCUCCUCCAUCCCACCUCCCCCUCCACACUCCCCCCUACCACCCCCGUCCAACGCCCAGCACUCCCUGCACCCAGGGGCGGGGGCAGGGCAAGGGGGUGGCCCCAAAUCGAAACCCGUCAGCCGGAUCAGCACGGUCGUGUGAGGAGGCAGAAGCGGACGGUGGUCCGCCACCCCGCAGUGAGCCACCGGGGGGCGGUCGUGAGAGGGAGCAGGAGAGGGAGGAGGAGAGGAGGAGGGCAAAUGCAGACGUAUCAAAAUGGCCGCCUAGUGAGAAAGAGAGCACUGAGAGCGGGGAGGAGGAAACUACUCAGCCUGUGUUAUUUUCACAUCCACUUCCCCCGCAGGUAGAAAGACUCUCACACUUACUGAAAGACGUUUGUUGGGCAACUUGUUCCCCGUCGGGGCUCCUGGGAAACCUGCCCAUGGAGUGACCACACCAAGAACGUAAAUCACGGCGUUUUCAGUCACUCAAAGCUGAAGACAAACUCCCACAUACUGGAAGUCCUGCCAUCUUGGUGAAAAUCUCCUCCAUCUUCCUUUCGCAGUGCCCUUCAGAGGUGGCCAAGAGGACACUUGUGUAGUUCUUGACUGGCAGAGGAAGUGUUCGUGUUAAAUCGUGAGUAAGAAUUGUGCGUUGCUGUAGUGGACAAAUGGUUCAGGGACCAGACGUGAAGGGAACAGUGCCUGUGAAUUUAAGACAAGGGUUAGCACUCGAUGCUAACAGUAUGUACGGUAUUUGUCAAUGGGACAGUUCAGGCUUUUAGGAAGCCUGAGAACGCGACGAGUCCUUUUACUAUAUUCCAAAAAUCACACUAGUCUUGCACCACUUUGUUUUCCGCACAAGAAGCACUUGUACCAUUGUUUUGGUUGUUGACAUAUUACAAGCCAUGAGGUGUAACUGAGAGGUGGUUAGCAUUAUUAUGGUGCAGUUUCUGUGUCUUAGACAGGCAUGCAUGACCUGUGCAAUAGCUAAUGAGUGUCAGUGUGUCUAUGGUUGAAAUACUAUAUGCAGGGGGAGGGAUUUGUUGUAAUUUAAAGCCCCAAUCCAGCAUUUAUUUGACCAUGAAAAGUGCAUUAGUGAAGGUUACUGAAGACUUUACUUUCUACAAUAAACUUUUUUAAAGACUUUAAAUAAGCCAUCAUAACAAAAACUACAGGUGUCUUUUUACCUUUGUGUUUUGCAAAAAUUGCUUAAAGCCUUUAGUGUUUGUGGAUUACAGGGUUUCAGCAGGGGGCGCUGUGUUGUUGUCUUGGAUUGGGACUUUAAAAUAAGGAUUGUUGACAUUGGACAGUUUUCCCAAUAAUUUAUUCUUUAUUCAUUUGAUAAUUUAUACAAAAUCAGUGAACACUCCCCUGAUAGUGUCCCAGUAUAUCUGAAAGUAUAAACCUAAAUUAGUCAGAAAUUAUAAUAUGUUUCAACUGUAUUUCAUGAUGCAUAUUGUAUGUGACCCUUUAUCUUGCUGGAGAAGGAGAAUACGCUAAAAGGUGCCAAACAGGGUGCAGUCUGGGAAACAGAGUAUUUUGUUUCACUGGCUUUUCUGCCUUUGAUAAAGCUGGGAAGAUGAAUAAAGUGUUAUAUUAAACAAUAUCUUCUUAUAAUGUAACACACACAAUUCUCAACAAGUAGAACACUGGAUAAGAAAAAGUAACUGGGUGGGAAAUUAAGUUUGAAAAGGUUAUAUUCAGUUUAGAAAAUCAGAAUUGCGCAUCAUCCCAACAAAGCUCCCAAAACAUCUUUGUAUGAGUCAUUAGCUGACAGAUUGUAAUUGUCUGAAGCCUGAACCAUUUGUAUGACAUCAGAUCAUAAAAAAGUCCACCAAAAACUUAAAAAAAAAAAAAAGUGAAAGGAAGGAGGACAGAUAGCUUUUCCAGAUCAGAUAGAUGCAACGAAUACAUAAUCAUUAGCAUUGGUGUCAGCUAAUGUACAUGCACAUAAUGUAUAGGUACCAAAAAUAUUUUUCUAUCGGGGGCCAAGACUGGUUUUUGCUUGCAAGUAAUUUCAGCUCAACAAUCAAUUUAUCAGCAUUUGAAAAUUAAAAUAUCAAUCAUGCUUUUGUGGUGCUCAGAUUUAAUAAUUUAUCCCAAGAUGACGCUUCAAUACCUUGUUGUCUCAGCUUCACAUUGUCCUUACAGUAUCAUCAUCUUCUUUAAAAAGAAAUGUUGGUUAAUGAUGUUAAGGAUAUGGAACAUUUCAUGGUCCAGUGUGUGGGAUUUAGUGGCAUCUAGUGGUGAGGCUGCAGAUUGCAACCAACGGAAACUUUGGCUAAGCGUGUAGGAGAGCUACAGUAGCCGAUGCAAGAAUGCAAGUGGCCCUGUCUACACCCAACAUUUGGUUUGUCUGUUCUGGGCUACUGUAGAAACAACAUGGCAUUUGUGGAAGAGGACUGGCUGCAUAUGUAGAUCAGGCUCCCAGGAACGCCACUCAGCUUUUUCCCAGCAGCCAUUUGCAGUAUUGCAGUGAAAAAACUUUCCUGCAGCCCAUAACAGCAGUUUCCCCAUAGACCACCAUUAUAAAAGAGAUGUCUGUAACUGUUGACAGGACACCUCGAACUGCAAACAAGGUUUCUGUCUAUUAUGAAUAUUAUUUUUGCAGAAUUUUCAUCAAGCCAAGAAAUGCAAUUUCAGUGGGCCGCAUACACUGGAAGUGAUUCUGGAAGCUAGAAACUUCUCAUUCAGAUCUAAUUAUACAUCCAUGAUGUGGGUAUAAAUGGCUCAUUCUGAGGUAACGAAAAAAGAAUUCUUAGCCAGAUAAGUUAUAAUUUUAUUCUGUUGAACCUUUUUGUAGUGUUGUUUUCAUGGAUACAAGGGAUGCAUGAUAAUAUUGGCACAUCAUCAGUAUUGGCCAACAUGAUCUUUCUUAUUUUGCACAAUGGAUGAAUAUUACAGCCAUUGAAAAUUCUUGUAUUUCAUGUCUCCAUCUGCUGGUGGGCCGUCAUGAUAAGAGUAUGCAUGUAUAAUAUGAUGUUAAUCCCACUACAGAAGAGACUUGAUGAUCACUAACAUUAGGUGGGGAUCUAUCAAUAUCAGUAUUGGUUAUCGGCCAAAUAAGUUGUCGGAUAUUGUACAUCCCUAACGAUACUCUCAAACAUUUAGCAGUAACCACACUACUCUUGGCUUCCAUUUUAAGCCUUUGGAAAGACACAGAAAUGUCUGAAAGGAUGAUUGCAAAAGCAUGCCCAGCCUUAUUUCACCAGUUGCAGACAGACAUGUUUGGCUAAUGAAAAAUAAUUAAUUUCCCACCCAGUUCAAACUGUGGUAUUUUCUCCUAAUAGGAUGUGAAAACUUCAAAACGUUUCUGGUGACCUUUAUGGUGAAAAAACUUUAAUCCCACUUUCACUACUUGUGUUGCAAAAUAGAGAAUAUGGUGCCUUCAGACGGAGGGAUGGUGCGACAUAAAAUGAUCAUAAGAAAUAAUGUUCAAGAACGACCUCCUUUAAAUAUAAAGACAAUUCAGCAUCUAAACUGGUAAUAUAUUGAUUG